AAAGUUCCAUGUCCUCACCACGCCUCCGCCAGCCACUUCCUUCUCUACUCCCAUAUUAUUCCGUGUCUUCUCUAUAUAUUCUGCCCUCUUCUUUGUAGAGUUGACAAUCCGCUUACCUCACCAAUUCGUGCUCACUGCAAUAUCCUAGCCUCGUCCUCCCAAUCUCACCUCUCAAGCCUGACCGAUCCCACGUGCAAAUCCACAUCCUCCCAACAUGCCUCCGAAAGGUGCUCCUAGACGAGGGGCACCGGCCGGCACAGCCAGCCGCGCCAAUGCAUCCGCAACCGCCUCGGCGAGUCCCGCUCCCAGCGCCACCCCCGGCGACUCUCAAACCGCAGCCCCCGGCCGAGCCCCCGUCCAACGACUCCAAUCCCUCAAGAAACGCACACCCUCCGGCAGCAUCGGACCGGCCGCGAAGCCUCCGGCAGCGGCAGGGCCACCAGCUGGUCCCGGCGAGCCCGCCAAGCCUACACUCAAAUACAAGCCCCGAGCCGUCGGCCGUCGCAGUAAGGAGGAACGAGAAGCGAUCGAGAAGCUCGAAGCGGAGCGCCACCGGGAGCGACUAAAGGAGGCCGCAGCCAUCCAGCGCGGCCGGGAUCAGGGUGGCCCUGGUGGUCGAGGCGGGUUUGGUCGGGGUCGUGGAGGACCCAUGGGCUCGGCUGGGCCCUUGGGGUCGGGUAUGUCUGGGCGCAGGGGUCGUGGAGGACGCUUUGGGCAAGAUUCAAGACACUCGUCGAUGUCGAGACGCAGUCGCUCGGUCAUUGAUCUGGGAAGUGCGGCAGCGAGUCACAACAUCUCAUCCGAUGAGAGUGAUGGCGAACUGCGCAUCAGUAUUGACCAGAUCAACCUGGAUAGCGAUGAGGAUGAGGAUCAGGCCAUGGUGGAUAGUAAGAAGGGCAAGGCGGCUGUGAAGUACGCGGAUGCGGAGAAGGGGUUGCGGCCGAUCCGGGUCGAGAGACAUGAGCAUGAGGAGCGCGUGGUCAGUGUCAAUAUGGAGUCGAGCUCGAGCAAAUCGGCGGAGCUGCGCGAGAAGGCCAAGGCGCAGACGAAGGAGGAUGAUGCGCUCUUUGUGCAGGAUGACGACGAUUCCACUACACAGGAGGGAGAGCCCAAGGUCAAGGCUGAGCCUACGGAUGACGACCAGGUCAUGACAGAUGUGCCGCGUGCGGAGGAGCCUGCUACGACGGAUGAUGGAUUGCUACCGGUGCAGAAGGUGAAGGUGCGCAGGAAAUUGACACCCCCGUCGACCGAAGCGACGCCACAGCCAGAACUGGAAGCCCCUACGGCGAAGGACCCGAAGAGUCUACUACGUACGAAGGAGGAUAUUGAAGAAUACGAGCGACACGAGCAAGACCUGGAGAUUGUCAAGGACCUCUUCCAUAAGGAGCCGGAGCCUGAACCCGAGCCGGAGCCUGCGCAACCGGAGGCUCCGGCUGAAGGAGAGGCCCCGGAAGUGGUUGCGAAUGACCAGGAUAAGGAGAAGGACAAGGACAAGGAAGGCGCGGAGGAAGGGAAGGAAGAGGACACAAGCAAGGACAAGCUGGCGGGGCAGCUGUUCUUGAUGCAGUUCCCGCCUAUGACGCCGAACCUGGUGGUCCCGGGCAGUGAGAAGGCCACGAGUGAAGCUACAGUGCCUAACGGCCAGUCUGCGCCGGAGGGCAGUGGGUCGGAGCAUGCAGGCGUUAAGCGCGAAGACGGCGUGGAGAUCCUGGAGGGCGGGGAUGAUGCCGGGGCAACGGGGAGCUCGUCCAAGGUUGUAACUGCGGCGGACUGGGGCCUCAGCGCGGGGCGUGCAGGCAAGCUGAACGUCCAUGCGUCGGGUCGGGUGACGAUGGACUGGGGAGGUAUCAGCUUCGAGUUGGACCGAGCCACGGCAGUGGACUUCCUCCAGGAAGCGUUGAUCGUGUCUACCCCGCCCGGCGCGGUGGACGAGGAGUUUCCGGACGACGAGAAGAAGGUGUGGGCAAUGGGCCAACUGAGUGGCAAGUUCACGGUUACACCGGACUGGGGGAAGAUGCUGUGAUGGGUGGGGGAGAAGGCUGGGGGGGGAGUGUUGAUGGCGGUGUUGUGGUGUUGGAGUGUUUAUUUGGAGGCAGGGCACUCGGGGUUUACGUCAUGCGGGAUGGCUGGGACGGGACAAUGACGAUCGGAUGUUUGGAUAAAGAUAGAACUGUCAUCAUGGACGAUCAAUGAGAUGUUGCUGGCCUUGGAACCACCGACGAUGGACCGGACCAUCCAUGGCUGCCCAGCGAGGGUAUACGUAAGAAGGCAGGCCACACCACCGCCAUGUGUCACGGCCCUGAUGUAGGGUCGUUCGAUCGUCGUGAGUAGUCUUCAAUGACUCCGACUAGCGCUAUAAUUAGUGUUGGACCGGAUACACAGUAGACGUUUGUCGGAGAAUUGCGUGGACAAUGCAUCGAUAGUUGAUGCUAGAUGCUGAACAAUAUAU